CCACUGUGGCGUCACUCCCCACCCGCAGAACUGCGGGCUGGACUGAGCCGAGCCGGGAAGUUUCUCCGGAGAGCGCCGAGUCGGAGAAACUUCCCCGCACACCGCCGUGCGGAAGAAACGCGAGGAGGAGCUCGGUGCGAGGGAGGGGGAGAUGAAACCGGGGCGUGGGGAAGCCGCUCCCUUCAUCUCCCUCCUCCUCCUCCUCCUCCCCCCCCCGCCCGCUCCAGGCUGGCAGCUAGGCGGCCGGAGCCGCUCCCCUUGGGAAGGGCCGGGAUGGGGACGCCGCUGGCGGCUCCCGCGCUCCUGCUCCUGCUGGCCGGCGCCCUGGGGCUCUGCCGGGCUCUCUUCUCCGUCCCGCUCCGCGUGUCCCGCCCGGCCGCCCCCGCCGGGUCCCUGCCCGAGCCGGUGGUGCUGCGGCAGCAGGAGCCCCUGGGCAGUGCGGGCGGCUUGGCUUUGGCAUCGGAUCCCGGCGGCGCCCUCAACUUUUUGGCCAUGGUGGACAACCUGCAGGGGGACUCCGGCCGCGGCUACUACCUGGAGAUCCUGAUCGGGACCCCUCCGCAGGCGUUAAAUAUUCUGGUUGACACUGGGAGCAGUAAUUUUGCUGUAGCAGGUGUGCCUGAUCCUGAUGUCACUUCCUACUUCAAUACCGAUCUGUCAAAUACAUACAAACCUCAAGGGAUUGAUGUCACAGUUAAGUACAGUCAAGGAAGCUGGACUGGAGUGCUGGGUACAGAUGUCAUUACGAUCCCAAAAGGAAUUGAUGGCAGCUACACUAUCAACAUUGCUGUCAUUCUUGAAUCAGAGAAUUUUUUCUUACCAGGGGUUAAAUGGCAGGGGAUUCUUGGUCUUGCCUACAAUGCCUUAGCCAAGCCUUCGAGUUCUGUGGAGACGUUCUUUGAUUCUCUUGUGAGGCAGGCAAAGAUUCCCAACGUUUUCUCCUUGCAGAUGUGUGGUGCUGGACUGCCUGUUUCUGGAAGUGGUACCAACGGAGGUAGUCUUGUUCUGGGUGGAAUUGAACCAAGUCUUUACAAGGGUGAUAUUUGGUACACACCAAUCAAAGAACAGUGGUAUUACCAGGUUGAAAUUCUCAAACUGGAGGUGGGAGGACAGAACCUUGAAUUGGACUGCAGAGAGUAUAAUGCUGAUAAAGCAAUAGUAGACAGUGGAACCACACUCCUCCGUCUACCCCAGAAAGUCUUCAUUGCUCUUGUGCAAGCAAUAGCUCGCACAUCCCUGAUACAGGAAUUCUCUUCUGGUUUCUGGACUGGUUCACAGCUUGCAUGCUGGGAUAAAACUGAAAAACCCUGGUCCUUAUUUCCCAAACUCUCAAUUUACCUAAGGGAUGAAAACUCCAGUAGGUCGUUUCGGAUCUCUAUCCUACCACAGCUUUAUAUUCAACCCAUUCUUGGCAUAGGAGAGAAUUUACAGUGCUACCGAUUCGGCAUCUCAUCCUCCUCAAAUGCUCUAGUUAUUGGUGCUACAGUCAUGGAAGGCUUCUACGUAAUAUUUGACAGAGCCCAGAGGAGAGUGGGCUUUGCAGUGAGUCCGUGUGCAGAAGUUGAUGGCUCUCCAGUAUCUGAAAUUGAAGGCCCUUUCACAACAGCUGAUGUUGCAAGCAACUGUGUUUCUAGUGUUUCUUUCCAGGAGUUGUGGAUUGCCUCCUAUGCUCUCAUGAGCCUAUGUGGAGUUAUCCUCCUUGUACUGAUCAUCCGGCCGCUUAUUUCAUCACGGUGUCAGCAUCCCUACUCUGACAAUGAUGUGGUCAAUGAUGAAUCCUCCUUAGUGCGUCAUCGAUGGAAAUGAAACUUCAUCAUGAAACUUGGGACCUAAACAGAAUUAAGAACAAAGUACUUCAAGGGAAAGAAGCCAAUGCCUCAGUCCUUUCCACAUUCAUUAUAAAUUGCUGUUGAAAUCCCACCAAAUAUCCUUCAUCAAAACUUUUUAAGCUUUAUUGAUUCUGAACCAAAGCACUGUUAACCACCUCUUAAGUGCUACGGUACUGGAUUUGCUACUGCAGUACAAUGAGCCUUUAUAUUCUCAGUAGUACCUUCUUUUUUAAAAUAAAAAGGACAAAAAGAAAGAGAAAAAUCCCACAGCAUGAUGUUCUUCCACUGUCUGAACAAAAUCGUCCAUUCCUCUUUCACAAAAAAAAGGACCCAUCAGUAUUUUCUAACUAAUCAAGCCCUGACUGUAGAAAAAAAAACAAAAAAAAAAAACCUUAAUAAUCUUUCUUAUUAAUUGCAUUAAAUGAAUACUGCUUUCUGUUUACAUCAAUUCAUUUUGAAACUGUGCUUAUGGUGUGGGGGGAGAGAGAAAGGUCAGGCUUAAGCAGCAGAGAAGAGAAAGUGAUGUCAAGAAGAAAUGUUGGUUUAUGCUUUUGUUUCCUCAAAAUCGCUGCUGCCACAUGAGAGGGUUGCCUUUCCUGAGUGGUUUUUCAACAUAGUUUGAGGAGGUGAAAAUGGAGAAACUAACUUGUUCAGCCUUAGUGUAAAACAAGACUACCUCUCUUAAUUUACAAAGACGUUACCACUGGUAUGCAUGUGGCUUAGAACUGGUCUUGAAGCACAAGAUGCGCCAUACUACCAAAUGCAACUCCUUGGCUUCUAAGCAGUGGUUUUUAUAAAAACUAAUACUUUGUGGCUUUAUACUUCAAUGCACAAAAGAAAGCCUUUCAUUUUUCCCCCAAAUGUGGGGGUUUGUAGGGUUUGGAGGUUUUUUUGAGCUGAGAAUGACUGAUACUUAGAAAGGCUGUUCUGUGUAUAUAUUGACAGACGAUAAAGCUAAGGUCUGUGUUCUGCCAUGUCUUUUGGGGUUUUUAAUGAGCAUCUAACAAAAGAGAAAACAACAAAGUAAGACAACUGGUUUGGGUUUUUUGGCUGAGCUAAAGUUCUAGGCAAAAGUAUGUCUUCAUGGUCAGAUUGUAAAGUAGAAGUCUUAAUGCUGGCUUGUUUUUCAACUUGAAUGGGCAGUUAAGUGUGUUUAGUUUAGCUCCACCAGUGUGUCAAUCGAAUGGAAAGUCUGUGUACUGACCAACGGUAUAGCUGGAAACAAACAUGUAGAAACACUGAAAACAACAGUGGGAGAGAGUAGGGAAGAAUAUAUUUGACCUCCAUUUUCCAAGUGUAGAUCUUAAUGCUGAGGUCAGAACAUGGUUAUUUUCUUUGCAGAUAGGACAAUAUUUUCUUGUAUCUAGUCAGUGAAUAUUGCAGGACCUCCAUCACUUUUCAAUAGCACUGGCAUAGUGGGUUGGAAAGAUAAACAACGCAAGGUUGAGGAGUCUGGUGGCAGCUAUGUUAUCUGGGUUUUUUAAAGAAAAAAAGAAAAUAUCCUCUGCAUUUUGAUAGCAGAGCAGUUUGUAUAUCUGUGUGGGAAACCAGGAGGAAAAUAAAGGAAGCUUAGCUCUGAAUCUCCCAAUCUCUUGCCUAGAAAAUUUUCUGCCUUUAAUUUCUUCAUAUGGUUUUCUGAUUCACACUGUCUCUGCAUCCGACUCUGUAUGAAAUAAGCAAAGAUUUCCUUUUUUCAGGAAAGGUGCUUUCACAGAGAUGCACAUAAUGUGAAAAUAAAGCACUGUUGUGGGUUUUUUAAAAACUAACUUCUGUAUUUUACUUCAUAACUGAAGUGCCUGUGGUUUUCUUUCUUUUGUAAUUCUUGCAUUUUCAGAUUGUUUGGCUGAAUACAGUGAACCAGGUGGUGUUGUGAUCCAACAUCUGAAAAUUAUUUCUCUUGGAAUUAGGGGUUGGCUGUAGCAGGAAAUGUUGAGUUUGCUUCCUUCUUCCUCUGCCUAUUUGUUUUUAAGAGGAGAAAAAUAAUUAAUUAUAAGGAAUGUAAGAAACUGUAGAGCUCAGGUGUUUUUUCCCUGUUCUAUUUUCUGUACAUCUCUCUCAAUGUCUUAUAAUUAGAAAUUCUAGUACAUGUUAUAACAAGAAGUUCCCUUGAGUUUUUCUUAAAGCAAUAGAAUUUGUUCUGAAAAGAAAGA